CUCAUCGGCUGCUCACACAGGUAAGGAAGCUGAACUACACUGAUGACAUAAAAUCUGAAUUGGAUACGCUAAGACUUUGGAAAGAAAGGAAUUCAGUGCAGGAUGGAUUGACUUUCCUAAAUACUUUUCCAAAUGAUGGACCUUCUGACUUUUUUAACUAUUUUUUGAAGGAGUAGGUUUUGAACAAGGGUUCAGUUUAAUCAAGAACAAAAAAAAGGAAAAAAACAGGAAAAAUCUCUGAUGACAGUAACAAGAAGACCAAAUAUUUCAAUGACUUUUCUUGGCUUUCCAAAUGCUUCAAAACUCAGUCUAACUUCGUUGGCUUGUUCUUUGCUAGAGCAUCAUGUAGUGUGAAUUUUUAUUACUUUAAUGAUGGUACAGUUUGGAAAACUUCUAUUUACUCAUGACUUAUUAAAUUUUUUUAAUCAGUCAUAUUUUAUUUGAUAUGGUUCAGGUUGGUUAAAACUGGUUUGCAUCAGUGCUUAUUCAUGUGUUAGCGUGUGUAUCGUUCACCAGUAUCGAUUGACGAUUAGUCAUGCGAGGAGACUGCAUGAAAUCUUGAAGAGAGAUUAUAUUUAUUCAGUAACUUCUACAAUGUGCUGUUACCAAAUCAAUAUCUUGAUUUACCAAACUUUCUAGAUACUUAAAAGUUUGCGUUCAUUUAACGAUACCCCUCUGCAAAAACAGGCAUGUGAGAGUCAUGUACCACCUGAGGAGGAUGCUAUCAACAGUGGUGAUGUUUUCAGGUGCAAUAAUUUCUUUCUAAGAAAAAACGUAACAAGGAGAGGGCAGUAAAUGAUACUGGCAGCUGGUAAGAGGUUCAGGUAUGCCAAGGUUAAUUUAGAAGUGGUGGUGUUGCACACUGGAGCACACUGGCCCACUUUAAGUACUGGUUUGUAUUCAAUAAAGGGCGAAAACUGUAAGUAAGUUCCUGGUUACUACAAACAGAAACAUCUCUACAUCGAGAAAGAUUUUGGCUCGGUUUGUUCAUUCAGGACAUUCGGUAUUUUACUGUAACUUAAAUAUGGAAGUUGACUAAGUAACAGUUUUGGCACAUUUACAGCUUUUACUGAACUUGGCUUCGACCAGACCCAAAAGUUGAACUUCAAAUGUCAUGUGGAUAUUGGCAAACAUAUUCAAGCAUCUGUAAAAGCAAUUAGGCCUGAGGUUGCACAUACUGGUUGGCCAAAAAAUGGAUAUGGUUAUAAAAAAAAUCUAAAGAACCAUUCAUUUAAAGAAAGCUACAAGCAACAGUCAAUCACUACAAGUCAAAGUACAGACCAACUGUAAACAUCUUGAAGUUGUUUGUGAGAGUCACGGGGUUUAAGGUGCUCAACUUGGUUGUUUAGCUGCAGCUCAGAAAAUAAACCCCUCUUAGGUGGCGCCAUAUGGAUCCUCUAGAUAUCCUAAUCUACCCUCCAGAGUGAUUUUACCCCAUACUUUCACUGAAGUAAAGGACAGGAUGAAAUCAAAGUUGAUCGAGUCCAGAGAGUCGUCAGCCAAUUUUAACACUGUCUCAAAGAAGUUUCUCAACAUCCUCGGCCAUUUGGCAUUUGACCAUUUUAGUCAGAGCACAAUGAUAAUUUUUUAUUAGUUUUUCCACAACAUGCAAAAAUGUUCAACAAAAACUUGUUGCUAAUUGCUAAUCCUUUGUCAGAUGGUGAAUUACCAACCACAAAAUCUAAUUCCUUCCUGCUGUUCCUGCAAAAGAUGCAAAUGAUGUGGGUGAUGAUUGGCUUGCUUGCUUUUUGAAUAAAGUUAAACAGAUACCCUAAUGUUGUGACGCGCCAAUCUUUAUAUGUAGAUCCACAAGCACUUUGGCUUUGACCUAUGUUACACCUUAUUCGUGACACCUCAUGCUGCUUUUACUGAUAGCUGAUUGGCUUAAUUAGCUUACCAAGCUGCUUCUGCUCUUUUCACAGCAUUUGCCUCCGUGGGCUGUAGGCAAGGACCAGGAUCACUGCAGCCAUACCACAGGGGUAGUCCUCUAAUUACCUCCCUCAAAGAGUAGAGGAGGUCACUCCGUAAGUUGAAACUGUGAGUCAAUUGCCUGCAUCCCAAAAUCCAUACCAUUACAUAACUCCAAAAAAUACCUAACUCUAACAAUGGGAAACUCCAAGAGUGGUGCUGUGUCCAAGGAGAUCCUGGAGGACCUUAAACUUAACACCAAGUUCUCAGAGACUGAGAUUGCCCAGUGGUACGAAAACUUCAAGAAGCAGUGUCCAACAGGGCGCAUCACAAAAGAGGAAUUUCAGACCAUCUACAGCAAGUUCUUCCCAGAAAGUGACGCCCAAACGUAUGCCCAGCAUGUCUUCCGCUCCUUUGACACAAAUGAUGACGGCACACUGGACUUCAAGGAGUAUAUUGUUGCUCUCCACAUGACCUCAACAGGGAAGACCAACAGGAAACUGGAGUGGGCCUUCUCACUGUUUGACGUAGACAAAAACGGGUACAUCACCAAGUCAGAAGUCAAGGAAAUCUGCGUGGUAAGUUUUUUCGAGAAAGAGAAUGAUUUAGUUACCUUGCAAACAAACUGUGUGUGCCAUCUGUUUCACUUCUGCAUGUUUGGGUCACGUCUUAGGAGACAGUCAUCCUUGUAUAGCAGCUUCUGGUUUGAGGCGGCACUAAGGGAACUCAAUGAAAUACAAACAACAGAAUCAUCUGCAUCACACACACUCCCAGAAAUUGAACACAUAGCAAAUGAUGUCAUCUGCAUACAAGUUGAUCUUGACCUGACUUGAACUGUAUCUAUUAGUAGCUUCUAGACCUCCGAGGUGGCAGGUCUUUCACACAUCACGAGCAGGAAAUUUAAGCUCAAGUAUCCAGUGAAGGUUCAUAGGUAACUUUUAGAGUGGGGUGUAUAAAAAACUUUCCAGGAAAGGUGGUUUAAAAGAUAAGUAGAUUAAGGAAUUAAUGUCCAGUGAAUGAAAACAGGGGUUGGUGAUCGAACAGGAGUUUUGCAGUACAUCAUAUAAAGUGAAGGAAAUUUGCUGUGCAUUAAAUCUGAAAAACAAUCCAUGUGUACAAUAUUUAAAUGAAGAUAGGGAAAGGUUUCUUCAUGUGGCAAUUUCACCUUUUUUUAGCCAAAGUUUUACUGAAAUACUUGGUGUAAUGAAAGCAGUAGAGCAUUGUUUUUUUCCCUGAAUGGGUUUCCUUUAAAAAAACAGGAUUAAAUUCUAACUAAUGCUGAUAAACAGUUUAAGAUAAAUCAAGGGAUAAGCCUACAGACAGCUCUGGAAAUGGAGGUAAACAUAGAAAUGUUGAGGAGCGUAGUUUCAACAUCCAAACGAAGAUGCUACAUGUUGCAAAUGUAAUUUGUCUCCUACUUAUUUGGCUGCUUGUGUCAAUGUUUGAAAGUCACAUACAACCCGUUUUAAACCCAGAUGGUCUAUUUCAGGCUCAGUUUUAUUCCAGGUUGAUUUUGAGAUCAGAUUUUCAAACAAUAUACACAAACAGAGACAAGCUGUAGUGUAAACAGCGGUAUCGUCUGCAAACAGUUUGAUUUGGGACGGCUUCUGUCAUGAAACGGGGCACAGAAAGGAGGACACAACGGCGAAACAAUGAAUCAGUUUGUCCAACAGACGGGCAGAGGUUUGUACACAAAAAGGCAGUCAGAUCAGGUAGAAUUAUCCAAAAUGUGAGGCAAAAAGGCAAGGUCUGAAAAGGCAGGCAAAGGUAAUCAACGUCUAGACUAUGACACAAGGUACAAAGAACAAGCAACGAGAAAGUGAGACACACAAGGUUAAAUACAAGAGGUAAUGAGGGUGAUGGGAAACAGGUGGGGAGACACAAUCAGGUAGCAGGUGUGACGGAAUAAGGGUAGGGCAGACCAGACAGGACCAAAUGUAGAAGACAGAGAAAAGGGAUAGUGAACUACAAAAUAAAACAGGAAAUGCAUGACAUGAACAAAACAUAAAUGUGCAAAAAUAAAGGAAAUUUAACCAAUAAAUUCACAGAAAUAAAAGAAAACUUAACAGACAUGACAGCUAAUUCUGAAUGAGCUUUUGACAGUUGCAAAUAAAAACUAAGCUGUAUGUAAUCUUACCUCAAACACGUCAAACUUUUGUCUUAAACACUUCUGUAUGUGGAUGUGAUGUUGGUAAAUGUUUCUAUUUCAAAUGAUGCACCACUGAUGUUGCUUCUUGGGUUGCUUUUCUCUCUCAUUUGGCACAACCUCUUAAAAGACAGGGUUAGGGGUCAUCUUGUUUUCUCUUCAGUGCAGCUUGAUUGAACAUUUGUAACUGCUUUGGAAACCUUGUUGUUAUUUUCCAGUUAUCUCUUGAAAUCUUUUUCAACGCUGAAAUUUCUUUGACUGAUUACAAGUGUCCUUUAAAAGUAUAUAACAGAAGUCUAGGAGUCAUUGGUGAAAAUCUCAAAGUUCUUCUCAAGAUUUCUGUGUUAACUCUGGCGUUGCACUACAUAACAAAAAUAAACUACUCUAUUUUUAGGCCAGAUUUGAUUCCUCACUCCCCCAUCAGACCUAUUUGUAGAGCACAAUUUAAUUCAAAAGAUGACAGGGGGUUUAAUCACAGUACAAUGACAAAGCAGCCAAAGAGCAGAUUGGCUAAUCCUUUGCACCAAAGCAGUUUGUACUUUUUUGUGUAUGAACACACUCACACUGUGGUUGGGAUUAAUGAUGGACUGGUGUGACUUUUGCAGUCUUGACAGCCGACUCCAGAAUAUGAUAGUUUACAUCACCUCUGACUAUGCUGACUGGGAUGAUUGAAUUGUAAAAAAGGGGUCAGGGGAAAAUUACUCUUGUCUAGAGACCUGUGAACAAGGAUGGGUACAAUGUUUUAUGUUUUUCUACUUCGACAGUCAAUUUUCAAGCUGAUUCCCAAAGAUGAAUUGGCCAAUCUGCCUGAGGAUGAAAACACGGCGGACAAGAGGGCAGAAAAGCUCUGGAAGUUCUUCAACAAGGGCGAGAAUGGUGAGAAAUGACGCUAUCGACAUCUGCAAAUCCAUCAAACAUGUCUGAAAAGUGUUGUCUCUGGGAAAUAAGAUCCAGCAGUGUGUACGUCGUAGCUUGUACGUCAUGGCAUAGCUCCUUACAUGUUUGAGAAGAAGGUGAGAAAUCUAACAGAAAUGACAAAAAUACCUCUGGUUAGUUAUCAUUCAACUGGAGCAAAAAAGGGGUGGUAUAUAAAAUGUUGGGUAUUGACACUAAAUGUGAGCAAAGUUUCAGAUGGCGAGGCCAACUUGUGUAAGCUGUAAAAAGGUUGUUAAAAAGUCACGAAAGAAUUAUGCCAGACGGGAAACCGAUCUGGUCAAUUUGUGACAUCACCAAUUGGCGGUCGAGGGUUUUGGUUUUGGGUUUUCAUCAUACAAAAGAGAUGAUGUACAGUGAGCAGGAUGUUGGAGAGGGUUUGACAUGGCAGAACCACAGAGCAGUGGGGUCUUGGGUUCAAAUGAUCCUUUUGAUUACCUGACAACCAACUCAACCAACUUAAAGAUGAUUUAGUUGAUUUGACUCUGGUUUAUUGAUAAACUAAUACCUUAAAUCAAGAUAUUCCAGAUAAUUCGAGAUCUGUGUUCUGUAAAUAAAUUCAAGUUAUCAUGAAAAAUGUCCUCUGGGUUGGUUGUCAAUUGAAACCAACAUUUUUGCCACAGGGCCAACAGGUAGAGAUGAAAUUAGUUGAUUGGAUUUGUGGGAUUAGAUCACCCUGACAACACUUUAAUCCUUACAAAUAAAUUAUCCUUUUUAUGCGUUUAUGCGUUACCCAUGUGCUCACGUUCUCCACCCUGGAGCCAUUCUUAAAUGUUUCUUUAAUAUUGUUGCUCUCUAAUAACAAACCUAAAUCCAUCUUUUUCCCUUCAUUUCUCUGUAAAUUUUCUUACUACAGAUCGAGUGGCAGAAGGAGAGUUUAUCAAAGGAGUGAUGGACAAUGACGCCGCCCUCCGUUUGAUUCAGUAUCAACCAUCAAAGUAACUCGGUCUCUGAUUCCCAGCCCCCCCUUUUCCAGAUCUUUUUACUUCACUGUUGCUGUUACCAGGACACCUCACCACAUCUUCACUAAAUGUGCGACUACAGGAGGUGUGACGCCAACACCCCGUCUCUUCACAGUAAUUAUCAGGAUCUCCUUCUGUGUUUUCAUUGCAUUUGUAACCCAUGUGUGCGUGCUGUUGGUGUAUGUCAUCAAUGCAGGAGUGAUAGCCUGAGAUUACCGUUCACAUUAAGGUUCACAGGAUGUCUGAGUCUACCACGGAGUAGAUCACGACAUCUCUUACUACUCAAAAAUCUGAAAUUCACUGAAGUUGCAGCAAGUGAAGUAUUACAUUUCAAAAAUGUUCAGUAGUUUGAAUUUCUUGCAUUUUUUUUUAUCAUUACGGUCUGUUUUAGCAACCCCGAGCUAAAUUCUCAAAAUAAAACCGCGUCCUGUGCUUUAGCGAGAGUAUUAUUGUCAUGAAUUGUGUUCCCUUUUCUCUACUGAAUGAUUUUCGAACCACCAACCAGCGUGCAGACAUGUAUAUCAUACGUGGGCUUUAGUUACGCUCUAAUGCUGUGUAUGUACUGUAUUUCAAUCCGUUCAUGUGCACAAACAUAUAUUUGAUGUUACAGUUCAGUUCACUAACAACAGAAAAGGUUUAUUCAUGUGCAUCAUGUAAAAUUUGAUUUUCC